AUGGGUGCUAGAUUCGAUGCACAUGACAAGAUUAGGUCAUUGGAAGACACAUACAUUGGCGAAUCCAAGGGCUUACUUCUGGCGGACUUGGAAAACAUUUGCAUCGAGAACGUGCAGACAUGUAUUUUAAUCGCUAACCUCUACGCUGCCCACCUGAACCCCUCUUCUGAAGCCCUAUUCUUCCGUAAGUGGUACACCGAGAUUCCUCUUCGGCGGCUACUUACCGUUCACAGGUAUUGGUGUCAAUCUGCUGCAAAUCAUGGAAGCCGACGCUCUAGCGACGAGACGGAACUGAGGGUUCCCUGGCAGCCGGGCCUUUGGGCGCACAAGAUUUCUCUGGUCCGCCUGUUUGGACCGAUCAAGGAUCUCAAUCAUCGCAGUGUUCAUAGAAACAUCGGUAACGACGAAAUUGAGUCGACUAUCGCGUCGCUGUCUGCGGUACUGCAAGACUGGGAACAGACAAUACCCUCAUGUGCUAGGAUGAGCAUGGAGAAUCUUGAGCGACACAUUGAAGAAGGCCAUGGGGGCGCAUUCAUCGCUAUCCACUUAGGCUAUCAUCACUACGCCACCCUACUAUACUUUCGCUUUCUCGAGCCUACAGCCUCUUCAUCACCACUGGCAGCGAUAUAUCAAGCCAAUUUGGACGAGGAUGUCCAACCUGUCCGAGAUGCCCUCAAGCCAAAUUUUGAGGCGAUCCUCGAACUGCGACGCUACUGGCCAAACACUGAGUCCAUGAUGCAUCGACUCGUCACUUUUCAGAAUUACUGCUUACUCUCCAGUGAUUACAGAACACAUACGCUUGACGGCUGGAUGCUGCGAUUUUUGAUACAAUACUCGCUUCCUCUUGGUGAGAAGGAACUUGCGCCAGUAACCGCGGGCAUGGAUCUUGACAUGGACAGCUUUGAAGCUCGUGCUCAAGAGGUCAAUGGACAGGGCAAAUACACUGCAUUUGACACUGAGGCUCUGACGUUGGAUGGCGUAAACAUGUAUAAUAUUGACGAAAGUGCUGCGAUUUAG